UUUCUAUCAUCCCCUGGAUUCGACUCUGCCGCAUUGAGUAAAGGCCUUUGACACACGUCAAGCUCGUUUUCUUUCCUGUGUUCGACUCGCAUUCGCCAGUCAGCUUGAUAAGGGUUUUUUUCCGUAAAACAAAAGAGAUCACAUAAAAGUGUUUAAAAUUUCCUAGCAAAAAUCCGACACCUGAUUUUGGAAAGUUCGAGGGACAUACCUUUUGGUGAGGUUAUCAUCUGGCCCUGGUGUGGGCGAGUGUGCAGCGCAAACGAUGACAGAUACAGUGGACGGUGGAGAAAUUCCCAAAUCGAAACGACCUUCGGAUUCGGCUUUCAAGCAGCAGCGGCUUCCGGCCUGGCAGCCGGUGCUAACGGCUGGAACGGUUCUGCCAGCAUUUUUUGUCAUCGGAAUCGCCUUUAUUCCAGUGGGUGUCGCUCUGCUGUAUUUUUCAAAUGCCAUUACUGAAUUUGUGUACGAUUACACAAAUUGCGUCCAAGUAAACAGUCUAAACCGUACCUGCGCCGAGGUGCUGAGCUCGAAAGAAGCCGAUGAUUGUCAGUGUUCGGUCAAUUUUACCCUUGAAAAGGAUUUCCUCGGUAAAGUGUACAUGUAUUAUGGAUUGACAAACUACUACCAGAAUCAUCGGCGCUAUGUGAAGUCCCGCGAUGAUGACCAGCUACUUGGUCGGCUGUCGACGACACCGUCUAGCGAUUGCGCUCCAUUUGCUUACAGUGACGAUGCCAACACACAACCGAUCGCACCUUGUGGUGCGAUUGCUAAUUCGCUCUUCAGUGACACUUUCGAACUCUCAUCGGAAAAGUACGGCCAGGUUCCGCUGUUGCGCACCGGCAUUGCUUGGCCCUCGGAUAAGAGAAUAAAGUUCCGCAAUCCGGAAGGGGAUCUGAAGGAGGCUCUGCAGGGAUUCGCUCGACCAAGGGAUUGGCGAAAGGAUCUGUGGGAGUUGGACAUUGUUGAUGCGGAAAACAACGGUUUUCAGAAUGAGGAUUUGAUUGUCUGGAUGCGAACAGCAGCUCUGCCAAGUUUCCGCAAGCUCCAUAGGCGCAUCGAUCAUACUCGUAAAUUUUUCGAGGACGGACUUGGAAAAGGAAAUUACACGCUGAAAAUCAACUACUCUUACUCUGUCAGCGAAUUCGACGGCACGAAGAAGAUCAUUCUGUCUACGACUUCUCUGCUAGGGGGCAAAAAUCCUUUCCUCGGGUUUGCCUAUAUCAUUGUGGGCAGCGUCUGUCUUCUGCUCGGGAUCGUCCUGCUAGUAAUUCACAUCAAGUGUAGCAAAAACACUUCUGGUAUCAACAGCGUGAGUCAGCGCACGCCGUACACAUAGGAGUUACUCUCGUUGAACAGCUAAUUGCCCGAUUUGCACCCCUUGGUUACGUGCUAAAGAUUUCGUUUUCCAUCGGUAAGUGAAACCACCGUUGUUGUGCAACUGAGUGAAGAGGAAGAAAACAGGAGCCUACACUUUCGAACCGGGAAGUAAUGUUUUAAUCUUAUUGAGUUAAGUUUGACUUUUCUUUGCCUCUAUAAUAGUGAUAUAUUGUUAGUUUACACAGUCCUACGUGACGGUGAAUUUUUAUAUAUGUAAAAUGAUCGGAAGCUGUACUUGAAGUGUUUAUUGUAAGUUUCCUCGAGAACUAUCCAGUCAGGAUGGUGCUUUUACAUGGAUAAUCUAAUUGUUUGAAAGAAGGCGGCUUGAAACUAUUUAAUUUAUUUAAUUUCUACGGAACAAUCUGUUAUGCCGUUGGUUGACUGCUUCGACAUCGUCACUUCUAUUAUUAAAUUCUUAGUAUUGAAACUUCGAACGAAUCGUCCGUCUAUUUGACUUUUCUGUUGCACUCGAGGAUAUAAUCGUUAUUCGUAUCUGGGAAUGAGGCUGUGUGUGAAGUUAUAUCGAGCAAAUAUUAUCUUUAAAACCUCGCCACAAAAUGAUAUCUGUUGGUUCUGCAAUAAAAAAACCAAGAGCAAACCUCGGCGCUUUUGGUAUGCAGUUAUUGUGCUUGGCAAAUGCCAGCUAUUAUAGUGUUGAUAUCAAGAAUCCUUCAAAGGUGAUGUGGGUAACAUUUCCUAUGACCCCUAGCGGAGAGUUAACUUUUUUUUCCUGUAUGAAAACGUUGAUCUAUUCUAAUAUUGUUCGGGUGUGUCUACGAUUAGUAAUACCACUAUUGAGAGUGAGUGGCAUGCUUAUUAUUUAUCUGUGCUUAUGUGUAUAUUUUCAUCCUUCCUUCUACGCUUACUGCUCUACUAUACCGAGCCUCGUUCUUCCUGUCAUAAUUAUUACCAAUUGUAAAUUCCUGAAGAGGUCUCAAUAAAGGGUGUACCACAUAUAUUUUCAUCGCGAAAAAAAACGUCGUAGAAAAAUACCUAGUUGACCGAUCCUUUUGAAACUUUCAGACAAUAAAAUAUAACACAUUGGCAUAUUAAUUUAAUACGCUUGCACGCGGUCUUCAGGCAGCGGUUUCGAAUGACCUGAGGUUCACGCAGAUUCGAUUUGCAGGCAGAGCCCCCAAACAGCAAUCAAAUAUUGCAGCCGGGAAUAGAUUAACGAUAUGUAUAACUCAAACAGCCAUUUUUGCGGAAUGAACGAAGUCACUUUCCGCUAAGCACCACACAGAGAGCUUAGCUUCAUCUUAAAUUGAUGGAUGCAGAUUUUAAAGUAGAGUCAAGUGUGAGACCCAGGAAAGCAUAUUCUCGACCUUUUUCGACUUCUCGUCCUUGAAUUUCAAGCUAUUAGGUCUGAAGUACUCGUGCAAAAGAACUAUGUCUUGUUCCAUCUAUAGCUUUUAGGUACCUCUGUAGAAGAUCGAUGUAUCGUCAGCAAACAGACAGAGAGUACCUUCCAGCUUAAGUUUGCAGAUUUCGUUAAUGAACAAAAGAAAACAAAAUCGGCCCAAAGUUGCUACCCUGUGGUACACCGGUUCCAAUGAACUGUACAUGACUGCACCUAAUGCCCAAUGCAACAAACUGCAAGCGAUCAGCGAGAUAACUUUCAAUAAGAGAUUUUGAAACUCCUCUGAAACCAGAAAAAUCGAGCUUCCAAGUUAGAAGUUCAUGGUUUAUUGUAUCUAAUACCUUUUUCAAUGAAAACCGCUCCCGCCAGGUUUUUAUUAUCAAAAGAGUCAUAUAUAUCUUACAGUAAGUCGCAUGACGCACUUAAAGCACUUGCACCUUUUCUGAAUCAAUGUUGGCGAGAAAAGAUCAAGUUGUAGCAAUUAACCCCCUUCAUUAUCCCCUUCAAUAUGCAGAAUGAAUUUUUGAUCACUUGAAUUUUAUUACGUAUUUAUUUAAGUCUAAUAAUUUCGAACGCUUUGAAUACGUACAUUAUUUUGGACCCUUCGUACAAGACCGAGCCCAUAUAAUCGUAAAUCCGGCUAUGGUUAUAUGCAAUAAAUUUCUGGCAAUAUGUCUCUUUGUAACAUUGCAAUGAGUGAAAAUACAUUGUCGCACACCAGUACCUUUUUGAGAAAAUUUAAUAACAAUUCGACAAAAAAAAAUUAUUAGCCUUUUAUUAGGUGGAAUUUAGCUGGAUAAUAGCUGAAUGAGCUAAUGUUCAAAUAAAUUAUAGGUUGGAAUUCUGCUUUUAGGAUGGCAUCGAGAAAGAAAUCCUUACUUGUAACUAUGAAAUUGUUCAUAGGCAAUAAAAAUUUUCAAAAACGUACUCAUGGUUUUGUUAAAAUAGACGCAACAUUGAUACAAUAUCAUCAUGUUUUUUGCUAUCUUUACUAAAAUUUGAAGUACAUACUUUUGAGGAAAGAUUUUUUUUUGUUCAUACAACAUUUAUUUGACACGGCAUAAUACAGCAUAAUGUUCAAGGACGCCAGUGUAUCUAGUGUCUUACUUUUAAAACAGGUUUUACUUAGUAUACCAGAAAUUUGGGUCACAACCUUGAUAUGCACCGGGUAGCUCCGUAAAUGCGUUUAAGAGCGAAUGUUGGCGUUAAAGAAGCUCAAGGUUACAGAGUCCGCUUUGAGAAGCGGGCGGUCGUGGGUUCGAAGCACAGUAGAAUUAGGCCAUCUUGUUGUCAGAAUACUUUAACAUGAGUUUAUUCUCAAGGUCCUUCGAUAAGCCUCCUUCCUUUUGAUAACAUAUCCAGCUUUUUACGCACCAUAAUGGCGGUGGCUAUAAUGUGUGUUCCUGACAUGUGAACCUCUCUGCUCACGUUAGUUUUGGAAUUUCUGCUGAAUUGACAACAUAAGGUGAAACCUCAUUGAAUCCAAAAAUGGCCGACUUCGAGUCCCACCACGAAUUUUCGAAAGCACAAGACUCCAAAAUAGUCAAUGCGUUCCCUGUGAAAAUGCUAUUUUAUGUUUGCUGUGGUGAAGCAAACAUAAAAUAGAAUUUUCAUAGGGAACGCAAUAAGUAUUUCCGAUUCAUGUGCUUUUGAAAAUUCGAAGUGGUGACACGAAGUCGGCCAUUUUUGGAUUCAAUGAGGUUUCACCAUAAAUGGUGCCAGACAGACUCUUUACUACAUGAACUACAUGAAGACUCGAAACUGACGUAAGCAAAGUUGUUAAAGAGGUUGAUAAUUUAUUAUGAACUUUGCAUUUCAGCAUCCGCCAUUAUGGUGCAUAAAAAGCUGGAUAAGUCCUUCUUAUAAUAUAACUAACCAGAGGUUUGGCAGUAGGGUUUCUUCAGUGAGUGAAUUGUGAUUGUGACGCUGUAUCAACAGAAAAAACUUCUUCCUCUUGACAAAAUGAGACCUUCUCAAAAAAACCUCUCCACGGGGAAUGAGCUUUCAAUAAGACGCUCCUUUCUCUUGACAUAAAAAGUCCCUCCUAAAAUGAACCUUAUCUGAGACAAACUUUUGGUGAUGAUAUCUCUCUAGGGAAUUGUGAUUUGGCGAAAUUGGCAGGUUGGAAAGAGGUUCGGUAUGAUAAAGCAGUAACCUUGAAACGGAAGGGUAAAAACCACACACACAAGCACGGAUCAGAAUGAUAAGCAUAUCACUUACCUUAAUAGCGAUACUGCCAAUAAGAUGAAGUGCGGAGUACAGAAAACAUCAUAAUAUAUCAAAUCAUUCUGGUCGCAGUAAUGAGUCCACACAGAGAAAAAAAAACAAAACACUGAAUUAUCCGAAAUCCUUAGAGCUUUAUCUACACGAGGUUGUUGCCUCUAAAUGAAUCGAAUGAAUCGAAUUGAACGCUUGAUCCGAGAUCAAAAUUCUUUAGUUUACAUCCAAACAAGCUUGUGUGCUCAUUACGAGGUGAAACUCCAUGAACAGUUCUCGAAGAAAAGUUACCAACCCCGGGGCCGUACACAGGGGCGACUCGUGACUAUUGAACCUGCCUGUUCAACUACAAAUUCUGAAAAUCGCAGUUUGAAGAAGUAAUCAUAAUAAUGUGCGCGUAAUAACGCAAGUCAUUCUAUGUUACUAUUUGAAAGUGAAACUAAAACCAAUGAAAUAUUUUGCGUUUGAAAUAUAUUUUUUGCCUGGCGUCCUCGUGUGCAACGCACAGGUUGCACCUAUGGACGAGUCGCCCCUGCCCGUACAUAGCAGUAUUUUCCCUAUUACAAUUUUCUGUUGCGUUUAUCAGUCACCAACAAGCUGUUCAAACGUCGAUGCUAUUUCUAGAAUAGGACAACUCUAAAAAAAAAACAAAAAAAACAAAAUCACAAGUUAACGGUACUUUGCAAAUUUAUACAAAAAUAAUCCCUAAUACAACACAUCAAUAGAGAAUUAUGACUAGGAUAAGUAUCGCUGUAUAUGUGAAGUAUUAGAAGUAAAUAAAAAAAAGAGAA